AUGUGCAUCCUCACUCCUCACCACACUUCAGCGCUCAUCCCAUUAGCCACUUACACAGUCUGCAGCUGUGUUAUAUCCUCUCAGGAUUCCUUCAUCAUCCGCCUCUUUACUCCACUCAUUCACCAAGUAUUUCAUUAUCAUCCGCCCACUCUCUCACCAAGUGUUUUAUUGCCAUGCACAAUAUCUGCAUGGGUCUUUGGGGCUGGGGGAGGUAUAGUGUCCACACUGGUGCGCCUAUCCUCCUCCAAUAUUUCCAUGGGUCUUUGGGGCUGGGGGAGGUAUAGUGUCCACACUGGUGCGCCUAUCCUCCUCCAAUAUUUUCAUGGGUCUUUGGGGCUGGAGGGAGGUAUAGUGUCCACACUGGUGCACCUAUCCUCCUCCAAUAUUUUCAUGGGUCUUUGGGGCUGGAGGGAGGUAUAG